AUCAAAUGAAUCAAAAUUGGGGUGUUUUUUUAUUUGUCGUUACGGUGCUCGGCCGGAGGAGUUUGAGCGGCGCUCCUUCUGCUUCCGGUGCGGUGAGAGCAGAGGUGUGAUUCACACACAGCACAUCAAACAACAGCUCAGAGAUGCAGGAUCCGAACGCAGACACCGAGUGGAACGACAUCCUCAGGAAGAAGGGCAUCCUUCCUCCAAAAGAAGCCCCGCCGGAGGAGGAGGAAGAGGAGCAGCUUCAUCAGACGCAGUCUGUCGUGAAGACGUAUGAGAGCAUGACUCUGGAGGAGCUGGAGGAGAAUGAAGACGAGUUCAGUGAGGAAGAUGAGCUCGCCAUAGAGAUGUACAGACAGAAGAGGCUGGCGGAGUGGAAAGCCAAUCAGAUAAAGAACAUGUUUGGGGAGGUGAACGAGAUCUCGGGUCAGGAUUACGUGAAGGAGGUCAAUAAAGCGGGAGCAGGAAUCUGGGUGGUGCUGCACCUCUACAAACAGGGGAUCCCGUUGUGUACAUUGAUAAACCAGCAUCUGUCUCAGCUGGCCCGUAAGUUUCCUCAGACGAAGUUCCUGAAGUCCAUCUCCACCACCUGCAUUCCCAACUAUCCCGACCGGAACCUGCCCACGCUCUUCGUGUAUAAUGAGGGCGAGAUGAAGGGGCAGUUCAUCGGACCGCUGGUGUUCGGAGGAAUGAACCUCACGUGUGACGAGCUGGAGUGGCGUUUGUCUGAAACGGGUGCCGUAAAGACGGAUCUGGAGGAAAACCCCAGGAAACAGAUCCAGGAUCAGCUGCUGACAUCCAUCCGCUGCUCGGCGCCGAGCCGUAAAGACAACGAUGAGGACUCGGACGAGGACUAACGUCAUCACAUCAUCACAUCAGCGUCACAGCGGGACAAACGACUGUGUUUUCACACACUUCAGCUGUUCUCCGACACUCACACACACGUCAGAACAGACUGAUGAUGAGCACAACCACAGUCAGACCUCUGCUCUCUGACACGUGAUGAGACUUGUGACCGCGAGAGCAACGCUUCCAAACACUUCAAACCAGCCGUCAUUAAUUCAGCUAUUGACCAGAAAUGCCAUAUUUGCAUUUUCUUUUAUAUAAAAUUUAUAACAACCUUUGUCAGUUCAACGCUUGUAACCAUUUAUUAUAUAAAAACUAUUGAUUUGA